AUGCCGGCGUUGGGUCAUCUGGCUGCGGCCGCCCGCUCCCUGCCCCGCCCCUCCCGAAAUAUCCGUAGGGAUGCGCCAGCCCCACUGCUAACCCCAACCCGCUCUCCGCAGGGCUCAGUGGAUUGCCCCAACCUGGAGUUCGAAUACGGGGAUGCCGAUGGCCACGGCGCCGAGUUAGCAGAGCUGUACAGCUACACCGAGGAGCCCGAGCUCAGCACCAACAGGAGAUGCUUCGAAGAGGAUUUUCACGCUCAAGUGCAGGGCAGGAGGUGGCUGGAGCUGGACGGGGCUCAGCAGAAGGCCUAUGUCAUGCGUCUGCUGGAUGGGCUGGAGGUGGUCAACAGGGACAAGCGGCUCAAAGUAGCACGGGCCAUCCUCUACCUGGCACAGGGUGUCUUUGGAGACUGCGAUAACGAAGGCGAUGUCCUGCACUGGUCUCGGCACAACAGCUUCCUCCUGUACCGGCUGGGAACCUUCACCGCCUUCCUGGAGCUCCUCAACAUGGAGAUUGACAACAGCCAGGCCUGCAGCAGUGCCCUGAGGAAGCCGGCCAUCUCGCUGGCUGACAGCACGGAGCUCAGGGUGCUGCUCAGUGUCAUGUACCUGAUGGUGGAGAACAUCCGUGUGGAGCAGGAGGCGGAUCCCCCUGAGUGGAAAACCUGCCGGGAGACUUUCAGGAUGGAGCUGAGUUUCCCCGUGCACACUGAAGAACCGUUUGCUCUUCUGCUCUUUACAAUGGUGACCAAGUUCUGCAGUGGCCAUGCUCCACACUUCCCCAUGAAGAAGGUCCUGCUCCUCCUCUGGAAGGUGCUUCUGUUCACUCUGGGUGGAUUUGAAGCCCUGCAGGCGAUGAAGGUGAGGAAGCGGGAGGAGCUGGGGCUGCCACCCUUGCCGGAGGACAGCAUCCAGGUGAUGCGCAGCAUGCGCGCAGCUUCGCCUCCCACCUACUCCAUUGAACUCAUGGAACAGCAGCAGCAGAAGCGUGGUCACCGCAGCCGGAGGCCCCUGGUGAAGCAAGACAGUUUGGAUAUCUACAACGAGAGAGACCCCUUCAAGAAUGAUGAAGCAGGAGUCGACGAAGAGGAGAACGAUGAUGUGGACAGCGGGAUCGAGGGGGAACUGGACCUGAUGGAGCGGGAUGCGAUUAUCCCUGCAAUACCUGCUCAGCGCCCGCCUAUCGAAAGGGUGUCAUUCCCCAAAGGGCUCCCCUGGGCCCCCAAAGUCAGACAGAAAGACAUCGAGCAUUUCCUGGAAGCAAGCAGGAACAAAUUCAUCGGAUUCACACUGGGACAAGACACUGAAACCCUGAUAGGGCUACCACGGCCCAUCCAUGAAAGCGUGAAGACACUGAAGCAGCACAAGUACGUUUCCAUCUCAGACGUCCAGAUCAAGAACGAGGAGGAGCUGGAGAAGUGCCCCAUGUCUCUGGGGGAAGAGGAAGUCCAAGAAACCCCUUGUGAGAUCUUGUAUCGAGCAAUGUUGUACAAUCUCCCCCAGUAUAUGAUAGCUUUGCUGAAGAUCCUCCUUGCUGCAGCGCCCACCUCUAAAGCCAAGACCGACUCCAUUAACAUCCUGGCAGACGUGUUGCCUGAAGAGAUGCCCAUCACCGUUCUUCAGAGCAUGAAACUGGGGAUUGAUGUGAACAGACACAAAGAGAUCAUUGUGAAGAGCAUCUCGGCUUUGUUGCUGCUGCUCCUCAAGCACUUCAAGCUGAACCACAUCUACCAGUUUGAGUACGUGUCCCAACAUUUGGUGUUUGCCAACUGCAUCCCGCUGAUCCUGAAGUUCUUCAACCAAAACAUCAUGUCUUAUAUCACUGCCAAAAACAGCAUCUCCGUCCUGGAUUAUCCACAUUGUACAGUCUAUGAUUUGCCUGAGCUUACUGCAGAAAGCCUGGAAGCCGGAGACAACAACCAGUUCUGCUGGAGAAAUUUAUUCUCCUGCAUUAACUUGCUGAGGAUCCUCAACAAGCUGACCAAGUGGAAACACUCGAGGACAAUGAUGUUGGUAGUCUUUAAAUCGGCCCCAAUACUGAAACGAGCUCUGAAGGUGAAGCAGGCCAUGAUGCAGCUGUACGUCCUCAAACUGUUGAAAAUCCAGACCAAGUACCUGGGGCGCCAGUGGAGAAAGAGCAACAUGAAAACCAUGUCUGCCAUUUACCAGAAGGUGCGGCACCGCAUGAACGAUGACUGGGCUUACGGCAACGAUAUCGAUGCCAGACCAUGGGAUUUCCAGGCUGAAGAAUGCACCCUGAGAGCCAACAUCGAAGCCUUCAACAGCCGGAGAUACGACAAACCUCAAGACUCAGAGUUUGCGCCCGUGGACAACUGCCUGCAGAGCGUGCUGGGACAGCGGCUGGAGCUCCCCGAGGACUUCCACUACUCCUACGAACUCUGGCUGGAGCGGGAGGUGUUUUCCCAGCCCAUUCGCUGGGAGGAGCUGCUGCACUACCAGUGAGAGCGACACCUCCAUCUGCCCCCACUCCCACCUCAAUAAGGACUCAAGGUGCUACAGGCUGAGGAAAGGAAGAUUAU